GUGUGGAGAAACAACGGAUUUUAAUUACAACGGAAAAAAUGUGCCAGCGCUUCAAAAUCAUCCGAAAAUACACCGUCUUUUCAAAUGUAACACGUUCGGAGAUUACGAGAAAGAAACUAUUCGAAUGUAAAAAUUCAUGUCCCAGCCGUUCAUAACCAACCCUUGGGGAUGACCAGGACAUCCCCCUGGGUGUGAUUAGGAUGGGGCCCGAUGUCCCCCUACUAAACGAGUACAAGCAGGAGUUCUUCUGGAAGCGUUUCCCUCAGACGGUGCUGGGGGGACCCCGCUUCAAGCUGGGCUACUGCGCCCCGCCGUACAUCUACGUCAACCAGAUCAUCCUGUUCCUGACCCCAUGGGUGUUCGGCGGGGUGGGCACGCUGCUGUACCAGCUGCAGCUGCUGGAGGAUUACCACGCGGCCGCGCUGUCCGGGGGGCUCAUGCUGGGGGCCGCCGUGGCGGUCCAGGCCGUGGCCCUGUGCGCCAUGCGGAAGACCGGCACGGUGGAGCGCCUUCACACCCCCAACAUCCUGGCUGACGAGGAGGAGGUGGAGUUCUCCAGCUGCACCAGCUCAGAGACCGUCAAGUUCAUCGUCCCGGGCAAGAAGUAUGUUUUGAACACGGUGCUCCACUCGGUGCUGGCCGGGGCCCUCUGCGGGCUGGGGACCUGGUACCUGCUGCUCAAUAGGCUGACCAGCCUGUACAGCAGCACAGGUGUGGCUGUGCUGGUGUUCGUCCUGAGCUGGGUGACCCUCUGCAUCGGGGAGUACUCGCUCGUCAUCAACACGGCCGCAGAGACCGCCACCUUCCAGGCGCCAGACACCUACGAGAUCACGCCGCUCACUCGGCCGCUCUACAUUUUCGCCUUUAUCGCCGUGGACCUCGCGCAGAGAUUUGCAGGGCCGGUGCCUGAGCUUCAGCAGACUAACCAGGUGCUUCAUGUGCUGUUCCUGUUCCUGCCUCUGCUGUGGGCUCUGGGCAUGCUCUCUCCCCUCGAUGCCCUCCUCCUCUGGGGCAUGGAGCAGGUGCUGGUGUUUGGACUCGGGGGCUCCCCUAUGUCCACCAAUGUCAGGCUGCUGGGGAUGUUUAUGGUAUCUGUGUGCGUGGCGGUUUCCGUCUUCUUCAUCCCCUCCACCUUGGGCGUGGUGCUCUUCUCCGUCGCCAUGGGCUUCCUGCUCAGCCUUGACCUCAGCCAGGCGGGGGCGCUGCUGCGCUCGUGCGGGGCGCGGGGCCGGGGUUCGGAGCCUUCCCGGGCGCUGGGCUGGCGGCUCGGCGGGAAGGAGCUGCUGCUCUACCUCAGCCUGCUGCUGGCGGCCAUGACCGAGGCGGGGCUCCUCCACCACUUUCUCCCCCCUCCCCGAAACUGGACCAUGGGCGCCCAGGCCGUGGUCAGCUACCUCCUCAUCGCCCUCUUCGCCCUCAGCUGGGCCCUCAGAGAGAUGCAAGGCGUCUACCUUCUCGGGGGAGUCUUCCACAACCCGCUGUACCCCAAGGAGACGACCAGCGUGAGGGUGUUCAAGCAGCAGAGCAGGGGACUCCAGGUGGCUGGGAUGGUGAGAAGAGUGCUGGUCAAUCUGGUUUCGCCGUUUGCCAUGAUUGCCUUCCUGGCUGUGGACGGCUCCCUUCAGAGGCUCCACACUGCUUCUCUCUGCAUGGGCUUCACCCGGGCUUUCAGGACGGUGUGGCAGAGCACAGAGGACUCGCUGCUGCAGAUGGUGGUGGUGGCAGCGGUGCGGCUGGGGGCCCAGGGCGUGAGGCUGCUGUGGUGGGACAGCCUCGGCACGGGGGUGCAGCUCCUCCUGGUGAGCCUGAUAAGCGACCGGCUGGAGCAGUUUGCCGUCAAGCUGAAGUUUGCGCUGACGGUGCUGGUGACCUCGUGGACCGAGAAGAAGCAGCGCAGGCAGUCUGCGGGGAUGCUCUUGGCCCUGAACGGCGUCCUCUCCCCGCUGCUGCUGGCCGUCCUGGUGCUUUCGGCCGUGCUGUCGGCCCCCCUGCUGCCCCUCUUCACCCUGCCCGUCUUCCUGGUGGGCUUCCCCCGGCCCGAGCGCAGCUGGCCCGGCCCGGUGGGCACCGCCUGCUCCUGCCCCGACUCCGUGUACUACCAGCAGAUGAGCGGGAGCCUGGCCUGUGCCCUCAGCGCCGCCUUCGCCCGGGGAGCGCUGGGUUCCCCCAAACCUGGAUCGCAUUUCCUGGGCCGCUUCCAGGACCGAGUUGUGUGGAUCCUGGUCCUAGAGAGAGGGUUCGGCUACUGCUGUCUGAAUAUCAAGGGUCUGGAGCUGCAGGAGACCUCGUGCCACACGGCGGAGGCGCGACGCGUGGACGAGGUGUUUGAGACGGCGUUCGAGUCCCCCGAGGGGCUGGGCAGGGGGACGGCCGUGAACCUGCACUGGGGCAACGUGCUGACGCCGUGCGCCUCGCUCCCCGUGCGCGUCUACUCCGACGCCCGCAGCGUGCUGACGGGCAUCAUCGACUCGCACGACAACCUGCGGCAGCUCAGAGAGGACUUCCUGAAGGUGCUGGUGUGGGUGCUGCUGCAGCACUGCGUCAAACGGCGGAAGGCCUUCCCGGGAAGCGCGGCCGGGGAGGGCCGGAAGCCCCAGAGCGCGCGCACGCAGUCCUGCGUGGAGCCCAGCGCGGCCCGGUCCAAGACGUCGUCGCUCAAGCCCCGGCGGGAGAGCCCCAGCCUCAACUCCUUCAGCGAUUGGUCGGACGAGGACGACCUGUUCGGCCCCCAGCCCGCCAGGCGGACGGCGGCGCAGGUCAACGCGGGGGCCCCGGGCUCCCGCACCGAGCUGCAGACGGGCCCCUCCCUGCCCGGCUCGGUGGAGAUCGACAGCCUGUUCGGGGACGUGGCCCUGUCGGCCCUCAGGCCCCUGCAGCCCCUGGGGUUGGGGCUCCCGGCGGCGGACAAGGGCCGGGGGCCCGAGAGCCUCGGCCUCCCCGUGGCCGCCCUGCCCCGGCUGAACUUCAGCUCGCGGCACUCGGAGCUGCUCAACCUGCCCUCCGGGUGGCGCUCCGCCCCCCUCCCCGCCCCGCGCCUGCAGCAGGCCCGGCACUUCUUCCCCGAGGAGUGGUUCCGCUUCGCCCUGGGCCGGGUGGAGCUGGCCGGUCAGGGCGACUGUCCGCAGGAGGUGGCCGAGGCCUUGCAGCUGGACGAGGGGCUGAGGGAGCUCCACGCCCAGGUGGCCCUGAGCUGCUUCAUCUCGCUGGGGGCCGAGUCCUCUGUCACCAGCCCCAGCUACGUGUACCGGGUCUACUGUGGCGACGUGCCCUGGACCGAGGGCUUGGACUGGCUCACCGCCAACGCAGAACUCUUCCAGCUCACGCUCAAGGCUUUCAGGUACAGUUUUAAGCUGCUGUUUGACCAGGCCAGCCUGGGGGCCGUGGAGAGCCCGGAGGAGCUGCUGAGCACGCUGGAGGAUUACGAGCGGGACUGGUACAUCGGGCUGGUGUCUGAGAGGGGCUGGCAGGAGGCCGUCCUGCAGGAGAAGCCCUACCUCUUCUCCCUGGGCCACGAUCUCACCAUGGGCACCUACACCGGCCGCAUGCUGACCCUGCAGGAGAUGCUGGUGCAGGUGGGUCGCCUUAACCGGGAGGGGGUGCGCGGGCAGUGGGCGAACCUGUCCUGGGAGCUGCUGUACGCCACCAACGACGACGAGGAGCGCUACAGCAUCCAGGCCCACCCCGUCCUGCUCCGAAACCUCACCGUGCAAGCUGCUGACCCGCCCCUGGGCUACCCCAUCUACUCCUCUGCCCCGGUCCACCUGCCCUGCCUCUGACCCCCGCUCACACGCACAGUCAGACCCGCUAUCCGCUGGUCCAGCCCGAGGUUCCUACGCAGCACCGGCUAGCAAUGGUGGCAUUGCGAGCUCCUGGUUGGUUAGAUAUAUUGCCCGUGCUGAGCUAUGGCCAGAAACUGCAGAGAGUUUUUUUGACAUUUCUGUCUGGAAGAGUUUGGAGGACUUGGAUCAAUUGGGGAAGAGCACACGUUAACAUCUGCAAAAGAGGGACCCAAGGUGCAUUGUCUUUUGACCCUCUUAUUCAACAUAAAACCUCUACAGUUUGUGUCACAAUGAAAUGUCUGUCUGUUCUCUAGUCCAAUUUCAGGAAAUUGGUGUACUGAAAUUACCACGGAACUACCUGACAACAAACACUUAGUUGAUGUGUAUUGCUUGAUCAUUUCAUAUACCAAUUUUUGGUGUUAUUGCACAUUUCACAGCUUGAGGGGAACAGCAUCAAACAGUGUCUAAACUUGAAUAUGCUGUGGAUGCAUUUUUUGUUUCAAAUUCAUAGCUUUCUAUUUCAAUCUCACAUGAAAGUGCAGAUCACAGGUUUGUCUUCAAAAUAUAAAGCAUUGCUUUGCUAAUCACAACAUAACUGGAGACACACUUGGAAGAUGAUGGUCACUAAUUAAAGAUCUAAUGAAAUUCAGUUCCACACAUACGUUUAUAUCUGAUGUUGUGACGCGUAGGGUGGCACUUUAAUAAUAUCAACAGUUUACAGUAAGUGUAGGAAAAACAUUUUAGGGGCAGAUGUAGUUACAGAAUUUUACAGAAGAUCAGUCUGCUGAGUUCAAGACUGUACAUUUUUAUUCUGAAAUGUAUUUGGUGGUAGCUCGCAAUUGAAUGUUAUGCAUGACAAAAAAAAACACAGCACAUGUAAUAAUGCACUUGAAUUGCUCAGAGGUUUUACAAAGCACUGUAGUGAUUAGAUGGAGUACUGCUUGCCUUCUUAGAACGCAUAGCAGGCAGGUCCUCGCUUUGUCAUUGGUGGAGAUGGCUGAAAAAUAUACUCAAAAUAGACCAGGAAGCAUAGCUUUGAAUUGCCUUGGAAUUAAUCUGGUUUCUGAUAUAGUCCUUUUUUUUUUCCACAGGACCCCAUCAACCUGAGCAUAUUAACUGAUAUGAAUUCAUGUGCACAUAAAUAUUUGGAGGGGCACUGGUCCACAGAUCUGCCCAUUUGUCAUGGCCCUGGUGUAGCUGGGCUGACUGUGAUGGGGAAAUCUCUUCAUGUAUGAGACACUAAAUCCUGACAGCCAUGGGAACAUCUCAUAUCAACACAGGCGACACAGUGCUUCCAGUUUCUUGUUUGUUUUUUUUCUACUGCACUUAUGUUUGAUCCCUUGGACCAUUGACGUUUGUGUUCUCCAAACCAAAAGGGAAAAGGCAUCACUUUUUAUAAACGACUUAUAUUCAGGACGUGCCUUGUUUUUUGUUACUGGAAUCGCUAAUAUGGUUGGUAAUCAUUUUGUAUACCAGUUUACAAUAUACUUCCUUUAACAAGAAAAAAACUAUUACAGAUCUUUCACAGUUGUUGCAGAUGUGGAUUUCCUGUAAAAUGUGUUUAAAUGUUUAUUUUUAAGCCGUUAUUGUACAGUAUGUAUUUGUACAUAAAUGUAAUUAUAUACUUUUACAGAA